GUCACUUGUCAAACGUCAAGGUUAUAAACCGGCAGACAUUUUCCAAAAGUAGGAAAAUAACACUCAAGUCGUUACAUAAGCCCUAAAUUGGGGUCAAAAUCAACAAUGUUUGCCCUUCGUCGUUUCGUUACCGCACCCUUAACGGGCUCCCGAGCUGCUCACAGCCUCCCGGAGCUCCCCUACGGCUACGAGGCCCUUGAACCGGUCAUCUCCCGCGACAUUAUGUCCCUCCACCACACUAAACACCACCAAACCUAUAUAACAAACCUAAACGCCGCUGAAGAAAAACUCAAAACUGCUUUAAGCAAAGGAGACAUCAGUACAGCCAUAUCUCUGGAACCGGCGCUCCGAUUCAACGGCGGGGGCCACUUGAACCACUCCAUCUUCUGGAAAAAUCUAUCCCCCGAGUCGACCCAACCUAGCGACGCACUCAAGAAAGCUAUCGAGGCGUCUUUCGGGGGCGUCCAACAACUCAAAGACCAAUUAUCGACUUCGUCGAUUGGGGUGCAGGGCUCAGGUUGGGGCUGGUUGGGCUAUUGCAGCAAAUCCGGCAAACUGAAAAUUGCGACGUGCGCCAACCAGGAUCCCCUGCAAGCCACGACAGGUCUGGUCCCCCUUUUGGGGAUCGACGUGUGGGAACAUGCCUAUUAUUUGCAAUACAAGAACGUGAGGGCUGAUUAUGUUAAGGCCAUUUUUGAGAUUGUGAACUGGAAGGAUGUCUCUGAGAGGUUCGAGAAGGCGAAGGGGUGCUAGAAUCUCAAAGUUUCACACAUUUGGGGAAAUUAAUUUUUAUAGAACACACUGUAUAUGUAUAUUAAUUUGAGCGUUUCUAAUAAAUGAUUAAGAGGU